AUGGAUAAGAGCAAUGCCAGAGUUCCUGCGAUACUACGCGAGCUGGAUCGAGCUCAGCUUACUCCUACCCCCAGGGUUGUAUCAAAACUUGCAAGCAAAUCACCUCUUGGCUGCAGCGAAUCAGAGCAUCGGACAUUCGACCCGUUGCGUGGAAUAUCCCGCCAAUACCCAGAUAGGGCAUUUAGUGUGAAGAACAAGAGCGCGGUAGUGAGAGCGCUAGGGUUUCGUAGGGAGAGCGCUAGGUUUCGUAGAGAGAGCGCUAGGCGGCUGGCGACUAUGUCGACGCACACUGCGACCCCCGAUCCUGUUGUCUGUCGGCAUUUUCAGCGUGGGAAUUGCCGCUUCGGUUUGCACUGCAAAUUUCUACACCAGCAAGUCGCAGAUCCAGUCUCUUCCCCUCUCCAAUCCAAUCACAAUGUGCACACAUCGCAGACAAUGCUGACGCGCACUGCGACCUCGGGUCUUCGGAUUCUGGAGACUAUCGCGAACACCGAGGGGCCAUUGUCAACUGCGCCACGGGUCCGUGCUAUGCCAUCCAGCUCCAGCUCGGAGCAGCAGGGAAAUGGAGAUAAAGGCGUUUUGCAAGAGGGAGAGACGGAAUCAGCGUCGCCUGCUCAGGCUGAGGAGACUGAGAAAAAAUUUAGAGAGGACAUUUUGCGAUACACCACUCUGUUGGAGAGGAAGACGCACAGGGGCGUUUCAGUUCCCUCUUGUUCCCUCGCUCUGCUGGUGGAGCACAUUAAGCGCUGCAGCGAUAUAAGUCUUGCCUCCAAAAGCUGGCUAUAUUCUAUGAUCGACAAUAUCCCAAUCAAACCAUGCUCAGCUUCCGAGCAAAGUGAAUGCCAUCUCAACGAAGAGGAGGCUUUACUGCACUAUUCAAGGUUUACAGACGAGGCCUUGUCGAUGCUUCCAAAUGAACAACACAAGGCGUUAGCAGACCUCCAUAUAAGUAUCAACAAAGUGAAGAAGCCAACUGAAGUCUGCGUUGCCCCUGCCCUCGUCCAACCCCACCGUCGCCGUCCCCGGAAGGUGAAGAAGGUGAAGAAAGUCAAGGUCACCGAAGCAGAGGAAGAAGCCUACUUUUCCUGCGAGGAACUGUUCGAAGAAGAUGCCACACGUCUUGGACUGAGGCUGUUACACUUACAGCUAGUUGCCGAAUACGUUACGUUUAUGGCAGUCACUAUGUACUCAUAUAUCAAGCUCAAGACAGCGCGAGUAAAUCCUCUCCUUGACAAGUUAGAGGCGAUAAAGAAGGAGUUGAAAAAGGCUGUCCAGGAUCUGUAAGUCUAAAUUUUUUAUCAAAUCGAUUUAUAAAUUUUGUG